AUGGAGUUGAGGUUUGGGAAAAGUUCCCUUAGGGCAACCUCGCAGCUGGAAUUUAGUUCAAUAGCCCAAAAGCCAGAAGAAACAAUAGAACAGUGGGCGGAUAGAGUCAUGGACACUGCCCAGAAAGCGUUUGGUAGUGGAACAUCGCCUGAAAUAUUCCAAGAACAGCUUAUUGUGAGAUUUGCUCUUGGCUGCAGUGAUGGUACCAAAGUAGGGGAGGCAACCCCUGCUGUUUCGGUUGAAAGUAACGACCCCACAGUGCGCCGUAUGUCAGUAGGUGGGGAAAACAGUCAUCAGCAUAUUGCCCGACUCCUAGAGCAGUUAGAUAAGAGCGCGCCUGUGGAGGUCGAGUCCCAGGCUGUAGAGCUAGUUAAGGAAUUUGCUGACAUCUUUGCUGUGAAUGACCUGGAUCUAGGAAAUUUUUCCGAGAUCAAGCAAAGGAUAGAUACUGGUGAUGCACUUCCCGUUAAGCAGCGGAUGCGCCGCACUCCUGCUGUGUUUCAGGGGGAGGAAGAGGGUCAUUUAGACAAGAUGCUAGAGGCCGGAGUCAUCCAGCCAUCUUCCUCGGACUGGGCGUCAGCGCCAGUUCUAGUCAGGAAGAAGGAUGGCAAUGUCCGCUGGUGUGUGGAUUACAGGGCUUUAAAUUAA